UAAAACUAAUCUAAUCGGUAAUAGUUCAUAACCAUUUUCUGAUAUAAUUUCUACUUAAGUCUUUGAAUCUUAACAGAAAACUAAAUUCUAAGCAAGCUUUGGUUUAUCCUACAACUCUUUAUAGACAAAAUUAAACAUCGAACUAUAGUUACAAAAUAAAAAAGCUUUUAAUUUAAAAAUUAUGUGUGAGCCAAACUUUUCAGAUCCGUCGUUCUUCAUGCAUUUGGAUAUGCUAUCUGAUAUUUUAAUGCGGGACACCCUUGAGCUGGAGUCGGAAUUUAAUAACAAGAUGCAGUUCAUCAAAGAGCAGGAGCAAGAGUGCGUGGAAAAUGCCAAAAAUCUAACCUCAAUGGAUGAAGUCCUAAAAUCGAUAAAUGGAUCUAUGGUUAAGAUAGAAAUCGAACUGAAUGAGAACGAGACGAACUUGAUCGAGGCAGAAAAGGCAAUUACUGAAUUGGAGGAGAGAUGUCCGAGAUCUGAAUACGGAGCUGGCCGAAAGUAUCCUUUGGCACGAGCCACCUAUGUGGAUUUGUUGGGUUUGCUAAUGUCUACAGAAAAAACCGAUGCUCAGUGCAACCAAAUAAGGGAGGAGAUCGAGAUGUUCAACAAUCAGGCCCAGACGAGACAACCUCCGGGAAAUAUGAUCUCCCAGCUCAUCGAUUACCACACUAGCACCCUGGAGUGCCUUGAGAAGCAGAUUGAGAAUUUGCAGAGCCAGGCUUCGAAAGUUCAGAAUGCGUAUGAGCAGCUUACUCUGAAGCCAGAAGCCAUCAAUUCCAUUGAUUAAUGCUCCUGCAAAAAUAAUAAUUUGAGGUAAUAUAUAAAGACAAACUUGAGAUAUAACUAAGCAUGUAAUCCAAAAACUGAUAACAUAAUAUAUAUCCAUAAAUGCUUACAA